AUGUCUCCAUACGCUCAUCUCUACGUCAAUCCCAAAGGACCUGGCGAUGAUCGUCCAACAGCUCUUCAGAUUGUCCAAGAUGAAGGCAUGGAACACAAGCUCGUGGGAAAGACCGCCGUCAUCACCGGUGUCUCAUCGGGUAUUGGUGUCGAAACUGCCCGAGCUCUUGCUGCCACCGGCAUCAAACUGUUCCUCACGGCUCGGAACUUCGAGAAGGCCAAAGAGGCCCUUGCUAAUUUCUGGAACCCGGAUCAGAUGGAGCUUGUGCAACUGGAGUUGGGCUUCAUGGACAGUGUUCGAGCAGCAGCAGAAGUCAUUCUAUCCAAGACCGACAGAAUCAGUAUUUAUAUCGCCAACGCCGGUGUCAUGGCUAUUCCGGAGCUCACCAUGACUUCUGACGGUUUUGAAGAACAAUUCGCUACAAACCAUCUGUCACACUUCCUCCUGUUUGAGCUUCUCAAACCAGCUCUCUUGAAAGGCUCCACCCCAGAGUUCCGGUCUCGGGUAGUUACCGUCGCCGCGACUGCUCACCGAAUCCAUGGCAUUGGUGCCUCGAACGACCACAGCUUUGAGGUCACCGGUGCUUCAGGCUAUACACCUUGGGAAGCCUACGCUCGCUCCAAAACCGCCAACAUCUACAUGGCCAAUGAGAUUGAACGUCGCUAUGGUGGCAACGGCAUCCAUGCGACCAGCGCAAGCCCGGGUCUGGUUGCUUCUAAUAUUGGUCGGCAUAUUCCACAGGAGGUAAUGAUGAGUGUCAUUUCUGACAAAAUGAACCACAUACAGAGUCUUGAGCAGGCAGCAGCUACUACUGUCCUGGCUGGAGUUGGGAAGGAUUGGGAAGGAAGGGGUGGCAUUUAUCUGAGUAAUUGUUCGGUUGCAGAACGUGGCGAGAGCGAUGGGAUUUCGACGUCGGAGACUUAUGUAUCUCAUACUUACAGCCCUCUGGAUGAAGCGAGACUGUGGGAAGACUCUCUGGUGAUGGUCAAACGGUGGCUGAAUAAGUAA